GUAUACUAAAAUAUUCAAUAUACAGGAGUAAUACAGUAUAGGCUGAAGAAUCCAUUCUGAAGAUCUAGGAUUUAAAUACAGACUGACACUUAUAACCUAUACUAAGAUAUUACCUUAGUAUGUUAAAAACCUGAAAAGAUCACCUACUGUAUUGCAUAAACAAACACACACAAUCUCGGGUUAUGUUAUGAAGAGGAACCUACAUUGUCACAUGGAGUCUAGAUUUUCCUUUUCCGCAGCCACAAUGUAGACUAAUUACUUUUACUUUUAGUUGUUAUUCCAUAUACAAGUCUCGAUGUGCAAGCCAUUCUAGUUCUAUAAUUUAACUAUAGUAUUUGGAUGAUAUAUUUUAAACAAGACGACUCAAAAAGAAAGAUGUGCGUCGAUAAUAAGAAAAAUACAAAACCCCAGCGUCUUAAGACGCCCGUAAAUGAUUUUAGAGUAAUUUUCAGCUUGACAAGAGAGGUAAGACAUUUCCCGCUAAAUCAGUUCCGUGUCAAGAAAGGCAGAACACCUGUUGUGAAAAAGUCGUUCCAAAUAGUUGAAAUAUACAUCUUAUCUUUCCAAACGCGUAAGCACUGUCAAAAUGACAGGGAUUUCCCCCAAGUGAUGUCUUCCUCUCUGCAAACACAGCUGAACGCACGCUGCAUGAUGCUCAGACAUGAAGUGAUGGCAAAUAUCAAUUUUUGAGUCAGAUUAUCUCAUGAAUGAAAACAACUUCUGCAUCAACUAUUCAGAGAAAUGUGAAAAAUACAUAUUUGGCGUGUCACUAUAUCGAAACGAUAUGCAACAAAACCAAAAAAGAACAAAAAUGUACAUUUUUUACUCAGCAUCCUUAUUCUUUCCCACACGCAAACGUGACCAGAACUUUGGCUUGCCCACAGUAACCCACAGCUGUGCGGAAAUGACACAGCAGGCGAGUGCCGUCACGUCACUCGAGAGGGCACAGACAAGAAAAACACGGCGGACAGUAACACGGACGACACUCAGGCGUGUAAAAAAUAUACCGUGAUGCGAGGAAUCGGACAUGCUCGCCGAAUUUAUUAGUUUGCAGGCUACGCCAGUGUUCGAAGGUCAUGAACUGUUCUGAGCAUGGGGAGACGUCAGAUGGUGAGGCAUCAGAGACAGAAAGAAGACCCCUGCGCUGUGUGAAAAUGGAGAGACUCAUGGAAGAGGCAGCUAUCGAGUGGUCCGCAGGCUGCAAUACACCUGAAGGCAGCAUGGAGAAGGUGCUGUGCAGCAGUGUGGAGACGACGGGCAAGAGGGCCAACACCCAGAUUGUUGUAGACAGCCCGAGCAGUGAGCAAGAACAGCCCACCAGCGUAAAAAGACAGAAAGUUUCAGCAGAGGGGAGUAAAAGCACAGACCACCCGCAGGAAGUUCAGACAAGCACAGACUACAUAGGCAAAUCGAAGACUUCACUUGUGAUGUCACCCGGUGAGAACAAGGACUCUUCUACCGAGAAAACAAUAGCAUCUUACAGGAAGCCUCUGUACAGCAUUUCACACAAAAUCACAGAAAAGAAAAACGCUUCUGGCCUUGAUCAGCAUUCACUGCACGAAGCUGGAGACCGAGGGAACUACAGCAGCCUUUUAUUUCCCAAAAUCACUGGGGAACCGAACAGGAGGGAGCCCAGCAUAGCCAUGGCUGCCACGAGCAGCGAAAGCGAGUCUAACAUUUAUUCUUUGAUAGAAAAAAUGUUUUUUAUUCUCAACACGCUGAACUCCAGCAUGACCCAGCUUCAUAGCAAGGUAGACUUGCUUUCGCUGGAAGUGACGAGAAUUAAGAAGCGGAUCAAUCCCUCCGAGCUGGUCGCCGAGUUUCAACCCCCCGCCGAGUACCAGCUGAACACCGAGGAGCUGAAGCAGAUCAUGGAUCAGACCUCGUCGGCGGGGGAGCUGGCCUGCAGGCUGCUUGUGCAGCUUUUCCCUGAGCUUUUCACAGUGGAAGACUACAACAGGAACUGCAACGCCUGUGGGAUAGUGAGCAAGAAGAAACUGGAUUCGCUUCAUUUGCAGCUAAUCCGCAACUACGUGGAAGUCUGCUACCCCUUGGUCAAGAACGGGAGCGUCUGGCAGGUGGAGUGCUUGCCUCAAAUCAAUGAUUUUUUCAACCGGUUCUGGGCGCAGAAGGACAUGGAGAGUGGACAAGUGUGUAAGAAGGUGACUCCGGGAGCUCAUGGUUACGAGCCCGAUCAGAGCCAGAGCUGUCACUACAUCGAUGACGAAGGGCAGGAUGAGAGCCUGUCAUUGGAUUCGAGCAACAACAUUGCUGCCUCGGAUCUAAUGCUGGAUGCCCAGGACGUUGUGGAAUAUCUUGAUGAAGUGUCUUCUCCUGGGGAUUUUGCAGUUUUCUUAAUGCACCGCCUUUUCCCCGAGGUCUUUGAACAAGGAAAAACAAUGGAGGGCUACACUUGUUACAGCGGUAUGGGGAAACAAAUUCUCGAUUCUGAUCGGCUCGAAAUAAUCCGGAAGUACAUGGAGGCGUACUUUCCAGAUAUUCAGGAAGAGAGCUGGCUUCAGCUGUGCAUGCAGAGGAUGGAGGAGGAGUUGGAAAAUGCACAUGGAAAUGGGAGCGAGUCUGAAAAUGCCAGGGAUGAGAGCUAUGAUUCGUCUAGUUUACCUGAUGAUGUAUCGGUUGUAAAAGUUGGGGACUUCUGUGAUUAUGAUAAACCAGGUCGAAGAUCCAAGAAAAUCUGGUUGGUUCCAAUCGAUUUCGAUAAAAUCGAAAUACCACCUCCGGAUUUCGAAGUCCCUCUGCAAUAUGUGCUUACAAAAGACCAGAUUAAGAAUAACUAUGAGUGCAGCCUGUCCAUUGGGAACUUUGCCUCCCGCUUGUUAGUUCUGAUGUUUCCUGAGCUCUUCACUUACGAAAACCUGAGGAAGCACUACAAUUGCAGUGGGUCCCUGGGCAAAAAGCAGCUGGAUCCUGUCCGAAUAAAACUGAUCAGACAUUAUGUGCAGCUGCUCUACCCUCGAGCGAAGAAUGACCGGGUGUGGACGUUAGAGUUUGUUGGUAAACUGGAUGAAAGGUGUCGUCGAAGAGAUACUGAGCAGAGGCGCUCCUAUCAGCAGCAGCGCAAGGUCUACAUUCCGGAACCGGAACACCAAGACUUUGUUGGCUGCCAGCUGAACCCAGAUCGAUUCCGAGAGGAGUUUGAGGUGCCUCCUUUGCCCCCAGAGAGGAGCACGAAAGAUUUCUGCAAAAUCCCCCUGGAGGAGUUAGCCGUGCCCUCUCCCGAUUUCCCCGUGCCUCCCGUUUACCUCCUCUCGGAUACAGAGAUCAGGGAGAUUGUCCAGCAGAGCUUGUCUGUUGGCAACUUUGCAGCUCGUCUUCUAGUGAGACUCUUUCCAGAGCUGUUCACGCAAGAAAACCUCAGACUGCAGUACAACCACUCUGGUGCCUGUAACAAGAAACAGCUGGACCCGGUUCGACUGAGGCUGAUCCGCCACUAUGUUGAAGCUGUUUACCCUGUGGACAAGAUGGAGGAGGUCUGGCAUUACGAGUGCAUACCUAGCAUUGAUGAAAGGUGUAGGAGACCUAAUAGAAAAAAGUGUGACAUACUGAAGAAAGCUAAGAGAGCCAAUACUGUAUCAUAUUUAUGAAUGUCAACAUAUUUAUAUAAAACAUAUAAUUUGCACAUGUUCAAAAUGCACAAGUACAUAAGCUUAAGUGUGAGUUAAAUGAAAGUUAUAGUACUACAUUGGCUAAUGCCAGAGUAUUAUAAUUUUCAUUUUAUCUAUUGUAGAAAUCUUAUGCCAAAUUAAUAGUUUUAGCAAAUUCUAACCUUUUAUGUGUCUAGUAUUUUACGUGUCCUUGUUACGCUAUUGUCAGACUUGAAGCUGGAGUAACUUUUAGUUCUUAUGGACAUUAAUAAUGCAACAAGCAUUGGGUUUUUCUUAUACAGGAGAAAAAAAAACAUUAUUUUGCCUUAGUGUUGUAUGAUCUUUCUUCCAUAUCGUGGAUUUGUUAGGAUAUAUGAAGCUGGAUUCCAGCUAGGAAAUUAAUUUAGAUAACUGAGUCAUUGUCUAUCUUAUAAGGAUUAAGAUUCAGCUGCAUAUAAGCUAACUUCAACAGCAGUGACUCACCCACCUUUAUGUAUUUAUUAACUAGUUUAUAUUUAGUCAUUUUUAAUAUUAAUUACUUAGUAUUAGCAUAGUAAAAAAUGUUAGUUUAAUGUAUUAAAUCCCAUGCCUGUACAACUUGUGUGAAAUAAAACUUGCCCAAUAA